GUCGCCUUCAAAACUAGUAGUUUGGCACUCUACGCUGAUGCCAUUCACUACGUAUGUAUAGAUCUACGGGUCUUUGCAGAAGAGAGUUGCAUAGACCGGUUGCUGACACGAAAUCUCCAGCUAAAUGAUCUACUCGGCUAUGUGGUGACUCUGGUCGCCAUUGUUGUAUCUGAGCGCAGUGGCUCGCCUCAAGAGCUAUCUUUCGGCUGGCAGCGAUCUACGCUGCUUGGCGCCUUUUUCAAUGGAUCCUUUUUGUUCGCUUUAGCGCUCACUUUGCCUUUCUACAUGGUAAGAACAACAGAAUUUUUGAAGGACCUAGAUGGGAGGCUGAUAGAAUUUGGUGCAGAACACAACCACGGUCACGGCCACGGCCACAGCCAUUCUCACGGACACGGGCAUGGGCAUGGGCAUGGGCAUGAACAUGAACACAGCAAACAAACCGAUGAAGUCCCUCGUGGCGAUCAUCACCACAGACAUGACCUUACUUCACCCUGUAAGAAGGGCGGUGAUGCCGAACUCCUAAAGAAUGGAGGCACCACUACCAGCAGUGCAACAGUUCUCAACUUACCAUCACCGAAAGCAUCAUGCGUCGAUAUUGAGGCCGACGGGACGACAUCGCCAAUAGCUGCUACCGAUUCCCACUCCGAACAUCGGCACAUUGUACACAUCGGCAAGGCGCCAUUAGGAGAUCUCAACAUGCUCGCCGCCAAGUUCCACGUCUUAGGGGAUAUUGCUGGGAAUCUGGGCGUCAUGAUUGCGGCAGCCAUCAUACAAUAUGUUCGCCCCGACACGACGAAUGAAUUCGACCCUAAAUACUACGCCGAUCCAGCCAUCAGCUUGGGCAUCGCAGCUCUCAUCUUCUGCACAGCAAUUCCAAUUUUGAGGGAGUCCGGCACCAUUCUUUUACAAAGUGCACCUGCUGGGGUCAUUCUCAUUCCCGGCGUUCUCGCUGUCCACGAGCUCCACGUCUGGAGACUUAACGAAGAGAAAUCCAUCGCCUCGGCACACGUUGUCGUUUCUGACCCGGAUAUGGCCAAGUUUAUGGACAGGGCAAAGACGAUUAGUGAAUGUCUUCAUGCCUAUGGUAUACACUCGAUUUCUUGUGGGGGCGGCAUGUGUGAGAAGUUGGCUUGCUGCUCGGUGUCGGUCUCGAGUGAUGGGGGGCAUGAGUGA